GAGAUUCCUAGAUUUUGAGAAACAAGGAGGGACAAGAUGGCUGGCUUUGGCAUAAGUGGUUUUCUUUAGUUUUAAUUUGUUACGUAUACUCAGCAAUUUAUGGAAUAGGCUUAGAAAAAUGAAAAUAGAUACUUAUUUUUGUUACACUGGGCAAUGCAAGGGACUAGUUUGACGUGUUAAGGAAGUGUAGUUGCAGAUGGGUCUCUAAUUGUAAAGUUGCUUUUUUUUUAGUUCGUUGCUGUGAUGAUCUAGCCUACUGUGAAAAGAGACGAACACUUUAAAAAAAAAAAAAAAAAAAAAUCGCGUUUUAUUUGGUCUGCGUGCGAAUUACUGUACUUUGGUGAAAGUUUUCACCAUACAAAAAAAAAAAAAAAAACAUAAUUGCUACUUUAGUAAGUCCAUUUUUAAAAAUUAGAAUAUAUUAAUGUGUUUCCUGCAUGUUAGACUUAAAAUCAAAGUAAGUAAAUGCGACCAACAUUCCUUGCAUUGAACUUGAACGGGUGCAAUGAGCUCAAGUCGUGUAAGACCUCAGCAGCGGCAGCCCCUGCCUGGUCACAACUCCUCUGGCGCAACUAGUCUGACAUUGGGCACUACACGAGACCCAAGCGAUCGCGGGAUGGAUAUAGAAAUGAUUCACCACCCGGACCGUGGUCCUGGGAGCACCACCGGCACACCACCCUCUUCUUCCUGCUCUAGACAGGCCUGGAGCCGGGUAAAUCCUGGAUUCGAGCCUGAGGAAGAAAUGCUGGAGGCGGGCUGGCCUCCUGCGAGUCCUGGGAGGAGGUCGGUGUCCACAGCAUCCAGCAGUACAAGCAGCGGGAGUAUAGGUUACAACAGAGGUGGUGGUACACGGGGGAAUAGGGAUCUGACCCCCACUGUGGAAAUACCACACCGCCAAGAUAGAACUGAACACAGUGGGUGUGGGAAAAGGUUACUGCAAAAACUUCGAGUCUUGUGGGGAACGCGGUUGAUGGAGGAUAGCAGUGCAAGCAGAGAGAAGUAUCUGAAGAAUGUACUGCGAGAGCUGAUUACUUACAUCAUCUUCCUGGUGAUACUGUGUUUUUUGACAUAUGGAAUGGUGAGCUCCAGCAUGUAUUAUUACACAAAGGUCAUGUCACAGCUGUUCCUGGACACUCCUAUAUCAAAUGGGGAGAAGACAAAUUUCAAAACUUUGGCGAGCAUGAGUGACUUCUGGAAGUUCACAGAAGGUCCUUUAGUGGGUGGCCUGUAUUGGGAUGUCUGGUAUAACAACAAAACCCUGCCUGAGAACCAGAGUUUAAUUUACUAUGAGAACCUGCUUCUGGGUGUACCUCGCUUAAGACAGCUAAAAGUGAGGAACGAGUCAUGUGCAAUCCAUGAAGACUUGAGGGAUGAAAUCCAGGAUUGUUACAACAUGUAUUCAGCGGGAAAUGAGGACACCUCUCCAUUUGGUCUUUUAAAUGGAACUGCCUGGACUUACGCUAAAGAAGAGGAUUUAAAUGGAAGCCGUCACUGGGGUCUCAUCACUACCUAUAGCGGCGGGGGCUACUAUCUGGACCUGUCACGGACCAGAGAAAAGACGGCUGCAAAAGUGAAAACACUUAAGGAGAACCUGUGGCUGGACAGAGGAACCCGCGUGGUGUUCAUUGAUUUCUCGGUUUACAAUGCCAAUAUCAAUCUGUUUUGUGUUGUCAGGUUGGUGGUGGAGUUUCCUGCCACAGGUGGCACCGUUACCUCUUGGCACUUUCAGACCGUUAAACUGAUCCGCUACGUAUCCAACUUUGACUACUUCUUAGCUGCCUGUGAGAUCGCUUUCUGUCUUUUUAUCCUCUACUAUGUGGUGGAGGAGAUCCUGGAAAUACGCAUUCAUAGACUCCAUUACUUCAGGAGCCUCUGGAACUGCCUGGACAUUCUUAUCAUUGUGCUAUCUCUUGCGGCUGUUGUUAUUAAUAUAUACCGGACCACUACUGUGAAAGCUGUUCUGAAGUACCUUUUGGAAAAUCAGGAGACUUUUUCAAACUUCGAGCAGCUUGCCUACUUGCAGAUUCAGUUUAACAACCUGGCAGCAGUGAUUGUGUUCUUCUCCUGGAUUAAACUCUUUAAAUUCAUCAACUUUAACAAAACAAUGAGUCAGUUAUCUUCCACCCUGUCUCGUUGUGCCAAGGAUGUCAUUGGCUUUGCCAUCAUGUUCUUCAUCAUAUUCUUGGCUUAUGCCCAGCUGGCAUAUCUUGUGUUUGGAACCCAAGUUGAUGACUUCAGUACAUUCCAGGCCUGUAUCUUCACACAGUUCCGUAUUAUUCUGGGUGAUUUUGAUUUUGCUGUAAUUGAAGAAGCAAACAGAAUUCUGGGGCCAAUUUACUUCACAACAUUUGUCUUCUUCAUUUUCUUUAUUCUUCUGAACAUGUUUUUGGCUAUUAUUAAUGACACCUAUUCAGAAGUAAAAGCUGACAUGGCCCAACAGAAAUCAGAAAUGGAACUUGCUGAUCUCAUUAAAAAGGGAUGUAACAAGGCCAUGGUUAAACUCCGGCUCAAGAAAACCACAGUUGAUGACAUUUCAGAGAGCCUUCGCCAGGCGGGAGGAAAGCUCAACUUCGAUGAACUGCGCCAGGAUCUUAAAGGAAAAGGCCACACAGAUGCUGAGAUUGAAGCCAUUUUUGCUAAAUAUGAUCAAGAUGGAGAUCAAGAGCUGACGGAACAAGAACACCAACAAAUGAGAGAUGACUUGGAGAAGGAGCGAGAGGAUCUGGACCUGGAAAGGAGCUCAUUGCCUCGGCCAGUCAGUGGACGCAGCUUUACCCGCAGCCUGGAAGACUCCGAGGAGGACGAUGAUGAGGACAGCGGCCACAGCUCCCGCAGGAGAGGCAGCAGCUCCAGUGGAGUCUCCUAUGAGGAAUUCCAGGUGCUGGUUAGACGCGUGGAUCGUAUGGAGCAUUCGAUUGGAAGCAUUGUGUCUAAAAUAGAUGCUGUGAUUGUAAAGCUUGAAGCAAUGGAGCGAGCCAAACUGAAGAGAAGGGAUGUGCUUGGCAGACUUCUGGAUGGGGUCAUUGAGGACGAGCGUCUGGGGCGUGACAAUGAGCUCCACAGGGAGCAGAUGGAGCGACUGGUACGAGAGGAGCUGGAGCGCUGGGAGUCUGACGACACUGUAUCCCAGGUGAGCCACCGGCUGGGGACCCCGCAGGGAGGGAAUGGACAACCUCGUUCGCGCAGCUCCCGACCCUCCUCCUCACAGUCCACAGAGGGUCUGGAGGGAGCAGGAAGUGCGGGCAGCCAUGUGUAACCUAGCAACCCAAUAAGAACCUCAAGAAGGUGCUGUUGAAUUAGCCUGGGGAGUGAGCCGGUGAGAGUGGUGAAAAGAAGAAAGGAUAUAAAAAAGCAGACUAAGCUUUCCUGUGGAAAUCAGAAAAGUUAACAGGUGGUGUGCAGACUGGCAAAAGGUAACAGUGUAGACUGGCAAAGCUGGAAAGGAAAAAUGAUAGUUCAUUAGGCUUAUGAAAAUGCUUGCAGAACAAGAAAAAUAAAGAUUACAUUUUAGUUAAACUAAGUCACAGCAAUUCUUUUUCCUUUUCAUUGUGUACGUUUCACCACUGUGUUUUUAUUUUUAUUUUGCUUCUCACUCUCCAAGCUGAUGUAGAAUCCCCCCUUUUAUUUAGGAAGGAAUUCGGUGAUUUUAAUAUUUUUCAGCCUGUUAUUUAGGGCCUGGGGGACAUUUCUUAAGGAUUCUAAAGCUCAUUUUUGGUUUAGAAGUAAACAAAUCAACCAUUUAUGGUACCGACAAACAAUAUGAGGGAAUGAUGAAAACAGUGUUUAUUACAUAUAAAUGGUUGACAUGGUACAGUAGCAAUUGUUAGUUAAUACCCCUUUUUAAUUGUGUAGUAAUUUAUAAACCUUUGGUUGACAUUGCCCCAUGUCUCAUUUUGCGAUGUUUUGAACUAUAUGUGCCACCGCAUGGUAUGAAAAUGUAGUUUUAUUUUUUUCAAAUGUUGUAACCAUACUAUUGGUUUUCAACCAACUGCCUGUUUUGUAAAAUUAUAAGCCAUGUUUUUUGUUUUGUUAUUUUUAAACCAAAAGAAAAACCAUAACCUCAUAUCCCAAACAUAAAAGGGGCAAGUUAAUAAUUCAAGUUCAUAAUUCAAUUUCUUCAAGCUUUUCCUAGAAUUUUCAGAGCAGCAAUGUGGUUGUAGAGAAAGAGCUAAACCAUUGUCAAUUCUAAAGCGGAACUCUGAAACCAAUAGUAAUGCAUUAAUUAGGAUUGUAUUCAGAUCAUAAGAAAAUACCAGAACUCGAUGCGAGUUUUAUCAGCAUUUGAAACUACUGGUUUCUUGAACAAUUACUGGAACAGUUCCCUGCAUACAAAAUGUCAUUUAAUCUAUCAAAAACUACUGUAAAUAGCUGCCCCUACAGAAAGAUUUUUUGUAUAGGGUCCAGGGUUUCUAGAAUCUUUUUUUCCUAAAUGUGUUCUGUUGCGUAAGUACUAUACUUUUUUGUUACACUCUUCAUUGCACAUACAUUGAAGGUAAAUUACGUCUUUUAGUUUUUUAGCUUAAAAACAUCAGAUAUUGUACAUUUUAAUGAACCCUUUUGGUCAGUUAAUAGACAUGUUAUGUGUAUGAUUUUUGCAUUACAGAAGCAGAUGGAAAGCCUAAUUAAUGUGGCUUGCUUAUUAUUUUCAGUUUAUGAAAGCAAAAUUGCCUUGACCAAACUUUUUGCAAAGCUUCAACAUUUUAAAGUAAAUUUGUUGUUUUGUGGCUGUUUGCUAAUACAAUGUUAUGUGAUGUAUUGCACUGCUUUUAUGUACCAAACUGUAUAUGCCUAAUUAUAUAUGCCUGUAAUGCUGUGUGACUUUCAACAAACUUCAUUUUGAAGUGCAUCUAGUUUCAUGGGAUAUCCAUGUGUGUUUGACACCGUGUGUGCCAUACCUUCAAAAUAUGGUAUUUUGUAGUCCUUUUUGUAAAAGCAUUUUACAUUGUGAUUUGUAUCUACAUAUUGUUGAGAUUGUGGGGAAAAAAAAAAAUACUCUUAUUAUUUGUAGCAUUGGACAAACCAUGAACGAUAAAGCUCGUCACAGUCUCACUUACGCUUUUGGUUAUUAGGAAAGUUCAUUGUAUAUUGUGUUAGUCUUCCACUAGGUGAUUUGAGAAUAUAAGCACUUUAUAUCCUAAUAAAGACUCUUUCUUGUACAAA